AUGGAAAUAGAUGUUAAUUUACUUCCAAAUAUUUAUCAAGCAUAUAGGAAUAAAAACUUGAUUGCUUAUGUAAGAAGUAAUAGUUGUCAAAUUAGAUCUGAUAGACAAGUUAGCGUAAUAAAAUAUUUUUCAAAAAUAUCAAAUCAACAAUCAGCAGCAAAAAAAUGA